AUAGAUGUCGCCAGUGAGACAACAUGCAGCCUCAGUUUGAGAGAGAACAACACGAGCAAGCAGGCAGCAUCACCAGAACUCUAUGAAAAGGAAUGCAAUGGAAGAACCGUGGUCUACUGGCAAGUGAAGUACCCUUAUCCCAUGUACUACCGAGAUUAUGUCUACAUCCGGGAACGGCGAGACCUGGACAUGGAUGGGCAUAUGAUCCACGUGGUCCUGGCCCAGAGCACCUCCGUGCCACAGAUUCCUGAGAGGUCUGAUGUGGUCCGCGUGAAUCAGUAUAAGCAGAGCCUGGCGAUUGAGAGUGAUGGCAAGAAGGGGAGCAGAGUGUUCAUGUAUUACUUCGAUAACCCAGGUGGCCUAAUUCCAUCCUGGCUCAUUAACUGGGUCGCCAAGGGUAGUGUUCCUGUCUUCUUGAAGGACUUGGCCAAUGCCUGUCAGAACUACCCAAGGAGAUCCUAAGAAAGGGAAUUGUGUGUCCAUGGAAUGAUGUCUCUGGAAGUGCUAAAGCCCGCCGAUGCUCAGCUUUCCUUUCACUUUUUUGUCUUCAGAGGCCCUCAAGCUAUCCAGCAUGCAGUCCCUGAGUGUGUUUGCCUGACGCCUGGCUUCCUUUCCCACUCCCCACCCCAGGACUGGCUGCCUUCUUCCUCUAUUGACUAUGGGUCAGAUUAGGGAAACUUUUGCUUGUUUAUUUUUAAAAAGGGAAGUCCUCAGUAGAGAACAUAGUCAUUCCAUUGUGCCAUUUUAAGGGGAUGGGUGGGUGGAGGAACCACAACAAUGCAAGAGCAACGGAUCCCAGAGAGCUGGCUCCUGCCCAGAAUGUGGCUUCUCACAACCCAGGAGGGGCUGCUGGGAGCCCCAUCCCCUUCAGAGUGGACUCUCCGCGCACCGAGACUGGAAGACACGGGCUGAUGUCCAUUUGCCUCAUGCUUUGGUGUACUGAUUUGGCUGGGGUUUGAGGUGAUAAUCCAGUAAGUCUCUCUGCCAUUCCUAUUUGUGGAGGAUCACACUGUUUUGAUUCAAACCAUUCUGAGAAACAUUGCAGCCCUGACUAAGCACUUAAUGUGAUAACCAUAUUUUCUCAUCAUCCAUGUCUGGGUUUCUUUUUCCCACAUGCCCCUGGGGGGAGGCUGCUCAUACCUCACUUACUCUGCAUUUUAUUGGAAACUGAGGCAUCAUGAUGGCUCUGACAGUAGAAGUCAAGAUGCUCUAUUCACAACAGUGUGAUAAAGUAUCCUAUUUGCCAUAAAAUGAAUUUCCCGUCUAGAAUGUUUGGAGAUAUUGAAGGGAUAAUAGUUCACAGCCAUGGAAAUAUUAAUUAGUGGAUUGGCUGACUACACUUUUUCUCAGGAAUUCUACCUAAGUUGUCUGCGUUUUCUUCCUUUCUCUUUCCUAUUUUCUCCCGAAUUUUCGUAGAGCAAGAUAUUCUGUGGCUAAACGCACAGCCUUCGUGAUCUCAGGGAAAAAAAUUUUUUUAAAGAUUUUAUUUAUUUACUUGAGAGACUGUGUGUGAGAAAGUGUGCACAUCACUGGGGGGAGGGGCAGAGAGAAAAGGAGAAGUAGAUUCUCUGCUGAGCAGGGAGAUCAAUUCAAGGUUCAAUCUCAGGACCCUGAGUUUAUGACCUGAGUGGAAGGCAGAUGCCUAAUGGACUGAGCCACCCAGGCAUCCUGAGGUAAAAUUUUAACCACUGUGUGUGAUGGUACUGAACCUUGAUUAGAGGUCAUAGAAAUUCAGGAUGUAAAUCCAGAAGCAGAGGAUUUAUUAAAAUGGGAUAUGUCAGACUGUAUGUAUUCUCUCUAGGAAAAAAGGAUUGAAUACCAAUAAAUAUGAGUGACAUAAAAUUGUCCUGCUUGCA